GCAGAAGCGAUUUCUUCGAACCGCUUUGCAGAUUCACACGUCCAUUCAUUUCGUUAAUCUGCAGCCUUUACUAUCGAUAGACUUGUAAGAGUAGUCACAGACUCGUAAACCCCAUGCUAAUCAUCCCUUCUCUGAAUCAAACAAAGCAAAGUUGCAUUCUUGAUUUUCUAUCAUAUUGUUCUUGAUCUAGUAUCUGAACUGAGGUUUGGGUUCCGCGAAAGCAAAAAUCGAAGAUGCAGAAAAUGGCGCAGGGAUGGUUCUCACAAGCCACUGACGGUGACAACAGCCAGAAACCCUCGUCUUCUCUGCUGGCCGAUUGGAAUUCGUACGCAUCAUCGCAAUCUAUGGAGGAAAACUCUGAUUCCGCUUUUGGUUUUGACAUCGAAGCUGCCGUAAGGUCUGCCAACGACACAGUGACGGGUACCUUCAACGUGGUUUCUAAGGGUGUGAGAGAUAUACCUGGCAACUUCCAGUCUGCCACUAGUAAUGUACCUUCGGGGAAAGCUCUCCUUUAUUUUGGUUUGCUUCUAGCGACUGGGGUUUUCUUUCUUUUCAUUGCAUUUACCUUGUUCCUUCCUGUUAUGGUGGUUAUGCCUCAAAAGUUUGCCAUAUGCUUUACUCUUGGGUGUGGAUUUAUUAUCGGAUCAUUCGUUGUUCUCAAAGGUCCAAGGAAUCAGUUUGCCCACAUGACAUCAAAGGAGAGGCUCCCUUUCACAUUGGGUUUUAUAGGCAGUAUGGUUGGUACCAUAUAUGUGUCAAUGGUGCUUCACAGCUACAUUCUCUCUGUGUUAUUCUCUGUCAUACAGGUUCUGGCACUUGGGUACUAUGCAAUAUCGUAUUUCCCUGGCGGAUCUGCUGGCAUGAAAUUUUUGACAUCUGCUCUUACAUCUUCAAUACUGAAAUGUUUUGGGAGGUGACGCAUUUUAGUUUAUGAGAGGGGAGGUAUGCUCUUUAGUCCAUGUGGUAGUAGCUGACCUGUAAAUUUGUCUCUCAAGAUAUGUCAUGUGUUCAACUUUUGAACUGUUAUGAAAAUAUAGCUGAUUUGAAGCAUCAUCUAAUGAUUUUCAGAGAUUUCAAUGUUUGUUGUAGUUUAUUGAAGAAAAGAAAACUCACUGACGUUUCAGCCACAAGCUUUUAAUUGCAAAGAAUAUUGCCUGACCAAUGGUUUGACCCACUA